GGCUUCCCUGCUUUUCACACGCCCUGGAUUGUAGCAGCAGCAGGAGCUGAGUUGGAAGUCAGUGUUUAUUUCUCCACUCACAGCUUCUGCCCUUUCCUGCAAAAGGAAAUCGAGAAACCACUCGUAAUUUACCAGAUAACCCCAGAAGCCUUGGUCGACAGACCAAAUUCUCCAGUCAAAGCUACGGGCUCCUGAGGAUAAUCUGCUUCAAACAGCUUUUACCUUAAAGCCAACCUAGAAGUCUUUGACCCCCAGUUACAAGGCCCAGGGUCUUCACCGUUUGGACCCAUCCUUCCCGGUUAUAUGAAGCUUUCUACUUUCUGAGGUGUUUGGGGCACCCUUAAUAUUUGUCUCUUCUUUUCUCAUCAAACCUGAUUCAUGAAAUGGACUAAAGCUGAAAAAAUCAUCUGCUUCUUUGUCUGUGAAUUUGAAACACGAUUGGCAUGGUCUUCAGUGUGUUCAACUAGACUGUAACUGCAGCUAUGAGCUCAGACGAGAAGGGCAUAUCCCCUGCUCAUAAAACAUCCACCCCCACGCAUAGAAGUGCCUCCUCUUCGACUUCCUCCCAGAGGGACAGUAGGCAGAGCAUCCACAUACUGGAGAGGACUUCUUCCACGAGUACCGAACCCUCUAUAAGUCGGCAACUGCUGGAACCAGAGCCAGUGCCCCUCUCCAAGGAAGCUGACAGCUGGGAAAUUAUAGAAGGACUGAAAAUAGGCCAAACCAAUGUCCAGAGACCAGACAAACAUGAAGGUUUUAUGCUAAAGAAGAGAAAAUGGCCUUUAAAAGGCUGGCACAAGCGUUUUUUUGUCCUGGAUAAUGGAAUGUUAAAGUAUUCAAAGGCACCACUUGAUAUCCAAAAAGGGAAGGUCCAUGGAAGCAUCGAUGUGGGACUCUCUGUCAUGUCAAUUAAAAAGAAAGCUCGGAGAAUAGACCUUGACACAGAAGAACACAUCUAUCAUUUGAAGGUGAAAUCUCAGGACUGGUUUGAUGCAUGGGUCUCCAAACUGCGCCAUCAUCGAUUGUAUCGGCAGAAUGAAAUUGUGAGAUCACCACGAGAUGCUAGUUUUCACAUAUUUCCUUCAACCUCCACAGCUGAAUCCUCACCAGCUGCUAAUGUUUCAGUUGUGGAUGGAAAGGUGCAGCCAAACAGCUUUCCAUGGCAGUCCCCUCUGCCCUGUAGCAGCAGCCUCCCUGCAACCUGCACGACCGGCCAGAGCAAGGUGGCGGCCUGGCUGCAGGACUCGGAAGAGAUGGACAGGUGUGCAGAAGACCUUGCACACUGCCAGUCAAACCUUGUGGAACUUAGCAAACUCCUGCAAAAUUUGGAAAUACUUCAGAGAACUCAGUCAGCACCUAACUUUACUGACAUGCAGGAAGGGCCAUCUGCGAAGGGCCAGUUCAGCACAACUCGGCGCCGGCAGAGGCUAGCAGCAGCAGUGGCUACAACAGUUCCUUUCAGUGCCACCAUGUCCCCAGUUCGCUUGCAUUCCUCCAACCCCAACCUUUGUGCAGAUAUUGAAUUUCAGACCCCUCCUAGCCACCUCACAGACCCUCUGGAAAGUUCAACGGAUUAUACAAAGCUUCAAGAAGAAUUUUGUCUGAUUGCGCAGAAAGUGCAUUCUCUCUUGAAGUCUGCAUUUAAUAGCAUAGCUAUAGAGAAGGAGAAGCUUAAGCAGAUGGUUUCUGAGCAGGAUCACAAUAAAGGCCACAGCACACAGAUGGCACGACUCCGACAGUCACUGUCGCAGAGCGAAGGAGCAAGCAAAUCCUGGGCACUCAACCAGAAUGCUGAACUAAGGAGCCGGUUGAACAGAAUACAUUCAGAAUCUAUUAUUUGUGAUCAGGUUGUUAGUGUAAAUAUUAUUCCUAGCCCUGAUGAGGCUGGCGAGCAAAUCCACGUCAAUCUCCCCUUGUCACAGCAAGUAGCCAAUGAGAGCCGCCUCUCCAUGUCAGAAUCUGUCUCUGAGUUCUUCGACGCCCAAGAAGUGCUCCUCUCUGCAAGCUCAUCAGAGAAUGAGGCUUCAGAUGAUGAGUCUUACAUCAGUGAUGUGAGUGAUAAUAUAUCUGAAGACAACACCAGUGUUGCAGACAACAUCUCUCGGCAAAUCUUGAACGGGGAGCUUACGGGAGGAGCCUUCCGAAACGGACGUCGAACGUGCCUGCCAGCUCCCUGUCCCGACACCAGUAACAUUAACCUGUGGAAUAUAUUGAGGAACAACAUUGGUAAAGACCUGUCUAAAGUCUCCAUGCCUGUGGAGCUAAACGAGCCGCUCAAUACUCUGCAGCAUCUCUGCGAGGAAAUGGAAUACAGUGAGCUCCUGGACAAGGCUUCGGAAACUGACAGUCCCUACGAGCGCAUGGUUCUUAUUGCUGCAUUUGCAGUUUCAGGAUAUUGCUCCACCUAUUUCAGAGCAGGAAGUAAGCCAUUCAACCCUGUCCUUGGGGAGACUUAUGAAUGCAUUAGAGAGGACAAAGGAUUCCGAUUUUUCUCAGAACAAGUUAGCCAUCAUCCACCCAUUUCUGCCUGUCACUGUGAAUCCAAGAAUUUUGUGUUUUGGCAAGAUAUCAGAUGGAAAAACAAGUUCUGGGGCAAGUCAAUGGAAAUCCUGCCCGUGGGAACCCUGAAUGUCAUGCUUCCAAAGUAUGGAGAUUGCUAUGUGUGGAAUAAGGUCACCACGUGCAUACACAACAUCCUGAGUGGGAGGAGAUGGAUAGAGCAUUAUGGAGAAGUAACCGUUAGAAAUACCAAAAGCAGUGUUUGCAUUUGCAAACUCACGUUUGUCAAGGUGAAUUACUGGAAUUCUAAUGUGAAUGAAGUCCAGGGGGUUGUGAUGGAUCAGGAGGGGAAGGUGGUGCACCGGCUGUUUGGGAAAUGGCAUGAAGGGCUGUACUGUGGUGUGGCCCCUUCUGCUAAGUGCAUCUGGAGACCAGGUUCCAUGCCCACCAACUACGAGCUCUACUAUGGCUUCACAAGGUUCGCUAUUGAGCUCAACGAGUUAGAUCCUGUACUAAAAGACCUCCUUCCUCCAACAGAUGCCCGAUUCCGGCCAGAUCAGAGAUUUUUGGAAGAAGGAAAUUUAGAAGCUGCAGCAGCAGAGAAGCAAAGAGUAGAGGAACUCCAGAGAUCUCGAAGACGAUACAUGGAAGAAAACAACCUUGAACAUAUACCAAAAUUUUUUAAAAAAGUGAUUGAUGCCAAUCAAAGAGAAGCCUGGGUUUCUAACGACACCUACUGGGAGCUGCGAAAGGACCCUGGGUUUAGCAAAGUAGAUAGCCCUGUUCUCUGGUAAACUGGAAACGUAGAGCUAGCCAACAUAUCACGCUCUGAAUGAAUAAAUAACUAUGCACAAUUAUGUUUCUUAGAGCUCCGCGUGGUUUCUGGGUCUGUUGAAAACCAAUCAUUUGCUUUUCUAUUCAUCUUUAUAAUGAACUUUCAGAAGUGCAUUAGACAAGGCCUCUAACCACUUUCGGAUCCUUUCUGUUUUGCUGCAACCAUAUUCCUUAAAAAACAUCCACACCCUCCUCAAAAA